AUGGACACGCAAAUGCUCGAAGGCUCUUCUAGUCUAUCGUGUUAUGAGUCACUCAACGAGGAGCUGCUUCCGCAACUUCCGGGUUAUCGCUGCAAUCGGCACUCUGCGGGAAAUCGAAACCAGACGAUCAAAUACAUAAACCGUCACAUGUUUCUCACAGCCGCGAAGAAUGUGGAGCCCUACGAUCAGUACGGGAGAAUAUUUCAUGUCAACGGUUGCAAUGAAUCAACCAGGAAUUUCCUGCGUAACAUGAAGGGCGCAGAACCAAACGCAAAUAGCCUUCCUCCUGUCGACCGCUAUGAAACAGAAAGGUCUCUUGAAUGUGGUAUCCAACACUAUCAAUCCAUUCAUUUCGUUUUAAAACGCAGGCGCGAUCUUAUGUCUCGGGAAACUGGCAAAGACCCAACUGUCUCACACAAUAUUCAAAAAAAUCCGAUGAAAGCAGGGUGUUUUGUUUGCAGAGAGCCCCCCGCCUUGCUCAUUUUACUGAAAAGGGCCUUUUCGCAGGUGUUCGCUGAGGCAGCAUUAGGCAACACGGUUGACAACUCUGGCCGCCAUGGGUUUCUCAAAUACGGGACUUCUGUGCUGCGAUUUUAUUGUUACUGGGACGAUUCGAGUUCGCUUUAUGGAGAUGUUCUGAUGUUUAAAGUACACUCUCCGAAUUCAGGCCGUGAUAGUUAUCCGCUGUUGCUAAAACGAGCAAAACUUCCGAAGUCAACGGGUGGCUUUUAUCACUGGACUGAUUUGAAAAUUGGAUGUACUAUAAAUGCAUAUUCAAGAUUGAUCAAAAUGAUUGAUGCAGAUCGUGCUACUCGUGAGUUCUAUUUGAAAGAAGGCAUUGAUCUAGGCUCGCGCCUUGCCCCUCCCGUCGAGGAUCAUCCCGUGGCUCUCGAACGCAUGCCCCCCCCUUAUUCUGGAUUUGGAAGUGAAGAAGAUUCUUUGACCUCAUGCGCCGGGUCGUUGGUCCAGAAGGCGCCGGCAAAGCAUCGCGGUGAAGAGGGUGUCCUUCGCUAUCAAGCUGCAUUCGCAAACCCAAAACCUGAGGACAGGGGGCGUUUGUUUGUACUUGUAUACUACUCGACCGAGUUUGCACUUAUGAUUCGUGAACCGCCUCGGCGCAAUUCUGGCGUCGUCGGGGGUAAUUUCCUCGCUAAGAUGAAACUGAAGCACCCAGAUGGGAAGCUUGUUACAGCAGCUGACAUUGCAGUGACGCAGCUCUACACACGCCUCGCAAAUGUUGCAUGGUCUGAUGAGGACACCCGGCGUGCUGCACUAGAUGUGGCCUCCCAUGGAUGUGGUGCUCUGGAUUUUAAUGCAUUUGAAAAGCUGCUCACGGCUCUUGGCAGCAGUACUAUCACAAUCGCAGAUGUGCCUCCAAAACAAGCGAUGAUUACAAUGUGGCGACAUUAUGCAACAGACGGCCAAAUUAAAUUGAUCGAUUUACCAUUUUGA